UCCUUUGAAGUGUUAAGUUUCACAGCCUCCGGAUGCGUUUCAGUCUUCAGGGCCGGACGAGCCGCUGCCCCUAAGGCUUGCGGGACAGAUCGGAGUGCUGUCUGGCUCUCGACUGGCGCUCAGUUCCAGUUGAUUCGCUUGCAGCAUACAUCUCCGCGUCCCUCUUCUGCUAUCCCGAAAUCGCCACUCGGAAGAAGUCUCCCUUUGCGCUGUCACUGGUGUAUCAUGUGAAGAGAGAUUAAGAAGAGUUUUCUGGAAAGUUUCCAAGUCUGCAGCGGCUCACUUUGCCUGGCUGGCGGUGCGUCGAAGCUGUUGCGUUCGCUGCAUUAGAAACCUCUAAGCUGCACAUUAAAAACAAGACGCGAAACAGAACGUGUGGUGGAGGGAACGCCACCUGAGGAUCUACGGUCCAAAGAAAGGAAGAAUGUGGAAAAGUAACAGAAACAGGGCGCUCAUAGAAGAUACUUCGGAAGAGGAGAACAAUGCACAGCAGCAGCAGCAACAGGCGUGCAAGAUUCUAAACCCAGCUGUUACAGAGGAAAGUGCCAGCAAUGUCUCACAGCUUGCUUCAAAGGUUCAGGGUGCAAGUUUCAGAGGCUGGAAAGAAAUGACCUCCUUGUUUAAUAAAGAUGAUGAACAUCAGUUGUUAACUGGAAGCAAACUAACAAAAAUUAAAGGGCCCAAUACUAAAAAGUAUAAGGAAGAAAUGAGAAGUGAAAAAAGGACGAGUUUCUGGGACAAUGUGGCCAUAAAGCAAAUUUCACCAGCUAAGAAACCAGAUGAAAUGGAAGGGUGGGAGCCCCCGCACAUCUCUGAAGAUCUCAAUGUCAAAGACUGUUGCAGCAACUUAGAUGACUCUGCUACUUGGCCUGGCUGGGAAGAUGAAACCAAAGUGUCUUCUAAGUAUACAAAUUUAGCAGAUUCCGCAAAUUCCGGUGGUAGGUGGAGCAUAAAAUCAGCAGGAAAGCUGGUCAGCAUCCGGAGACGCAGCAGAGGAAAUCUGACUGAUGAGUGGGAAGAGCUUGAGUAGGAUCAGUCCCGCUUUGACUGGGCGUUCGAGUUCCAACCAAAGUGCCAGUCCUGCAGGUGGAUGAACUGGUUUGACACUGUGGUCUUUAGAAAAUGUCCAUACUAAAAGAGACGUUUUAACUACUUCUGGUCCAUUUUUACUGUUGCUCUUCUAGCAGACAUUAAUUCCUGUCAUGUUGUUUAUGACAUCUCACAGCCACGGUCCCCUCAAGUGUGUGACACAUAUUAAAGUCAGUCACUCUUGACUUUCAGAAUAGAAAAGUUUUUAGCGUGCAGUCCGACUUGAUGUGUGUGUAUGCACGCCCCACAGCAUACUGGCACCAUCCAGGGAUGUUUUCCUCCUUGUGCCCCCAAGACCCUGAAUUGGAUUUAAGCAGGUUAGACGAGUGUACAAGGGGGUGAUGAUUCAUGACUCCUUUCAUUGGUUUGAAUAAAAAAAAUCUUUUCUAAGAAAUUGCUGUUUAUUUAAAGACUAAAACUACAGCAUAAUACAUUUUCUGAAAUUACUCCAGUGCAACAUCAAAGAGGUAUAUUAUGUUUUUUACUCCCAUGUUCAAUUUUUUACUGCUUUAUUGUAGUUUACAAGAUGAAGACUAAACACAACUUUAAGUUUUGCACCAUUUCUUUUUUUUUUUCUUUCAAGCGGAUAUGAAGAGGUUUAGCAGUUUAGCCUUGGUUGAUCUUUUUUAAAUAUGUAGUCUUUUAAUUCACUUUAUCCUGUAUUUUCUGGCUCAGUAUUUUUAUUUAAGCACAUUGAAUUGUUUCAUGCAUUUGUUUUAGACAAAGUCCAAUAAAAAUGAUACACUU